CUACUAGUGUGCCUAUCCUGGCUAUUUUAAACGCUUUCUAUUAUUACACUAUAUAUAUUAUUACAUUUUCAUAUAUAAAAUAUAAUACAUACUAUAUAUAUAUAUAAUAUAAAAGUAGCUUUUUAUAAUGGCGUCGAAAACUCAAAUGAAUAAUGCGGCAAAUGAAAGGCGUUUGAGACUAAUUUAUGACUGGCUGGACUUUGGAAAUAAUAAAAAAGCUCUUCAAGAGGCAGAUAAAGUUCUGAAAAAACAACCCGGCCAUCAAUGUGCUAGAGUUCUUAAAGCAUUGGCUCUUCUUAGGCUCGGCAAGGAAAAUGAGUGUCAGGUUAUUAUGGACAAAGUGAGGAUGGAAAUUCCUUGCGAUGAUUCUACGUUACAAGCGAUGAGUAUUUGUUAUAGAGAAAUACAUCAACCUGAUAAAAUUAGUGAGGUAUAUGAAGCAGCGGCAAAAGCGGAUCCAAACAAUGAAGAGCUUCUGACACAUUUAUUUAUGUCAUACGUACGACUAGGAGACUUUAAAAAACAGCAACGUACUGCUCUAUCCUUAUAUAAACUGGUUCCUAAAAAUCCAUACUACUUUUGGGCUGUAAUGAGUAUUGUUAUGCAAGCACUGCAAGCUGAUGAAAAUAUUGCUAAAAGAGUCACGUUACCACUUGCUGAAAGAAUGGUAUUAAAAUUAGUCGAGGAAGACAAAAUUGAAGCAGAACAAGAGGUCCAACUCUAUUUAAUGAUAUUGGAAUUACAAGGAAAGGAUGAAGAAGUCUUGAAGGUUUUAUCUGGACCUUUGGCUUCUCGCAUUUCGAAUCUUCUGCCAAGGAAAGCGCUGCUGCUGCUCAAAUUACAGCAAUAUCCCGAAGCCGUGAGUGCUUUCAAGGAACUAAUUAGUCAAGAUGCAGACAACUGGUCUUUUUAUCAAGAUUAUUUGAAAACCGGUUUAAAAUGCCAAACCGUAGUCGAAUGUUUACAAUUUUUAGAUGAAACUGCGGGAAAAGUUGAAAAAAAGUUAAGAGCACCACAUCUCGCACGCCUUGAUUUGCUUAAAAGAGCUCGAGAUUCUAAAUUGGAAUGUCUUUUAGAUCCUGUUGAAGAUAUGGUUAAAUACUUUAAUCAGUUUGGCUCCAAAGGCUGCGUAGUUAGUGAUUUUAAAAUAUACCUACAUCUCUUAUCAGCGUCUGAAAAAGAUGUGCUAUUACAAAAGAUUGAAAAAAGUAUUGUAAUCAAUAAUGAAGGAUAUCCCGAUUCUAUUUACGAAAUGCAAAAAUACAUUCACUUUGAACAAUUGAAGCGACUUUGUGGAAUGCAUCAUUCACCGAAACUUGAUUUGAAAGGAAGAACAGAAUUGGUUCAACGACUUUGUGAUCUUUACAAAAAGGGAUGUGAACUUUGUCCAGAGGAGGAAAGAUUACCUACUGACUUUUGUCCAGCAGAUGUGUAUAUAUUAUUAGCAACUCAUUUGUUACAUCAAAUGUGGCAUGAGACUGGAGAAGCAGUUUAUCUUUAUAAGGCAAUAGAGCUCCUUGAACGAUGUUUAAGUUCAAGUACUUCUAAUUUUCAUAUAAAAAUCGCCUUGACGCGAAUGUACAUAGAAGUUGGUUUCAUUGGAGCUGCUGAUUAUGUUUUUGUUUUGCUAGAUGCGAAGCAAAUUCAAUUGGAUUCUUUAGGAUUUUUACAUGUUCCUUUACUAGCACCUAUGGGUCUUUUGUCGCAUGCAUCGCAUAAUUUGGAUCAUACUGCGAAAUUUUUCGUUGGCAACUCCAAAGAUAGUGCUGAUCAAUUAACCUUUGCCUACAAAUAUGGAAGUUUCUUGAAGAUUCAAGAAUUUGUUGAUUUGAGAGAACGAUUAGAAAAAUCAGUUUAUUUUGCUUUAACAACUGUUGAUAAAAUGCUGAUUGAAUUGACAUGGAGCGAGAGUUCGUCAGCUUUUCUCAAUUCUUUAGCAAAUAUGCACGUGCAACCUUAUGAAGAUACUAUUAGUUGGGAUCUGCUGAGAGAUAAUCGAGAUUUAGAGGUUGUCAUUGGAUGGGAACCAAUUCUGAAUGAGGACUCUGAUGUAAGAAUGAGGAAAGAAACUCGAGAUUGUAUGCAAUGCCUACUGAAAGCUCGAAGCCUUAUAUUACGAGUAUUGGCCUCAGUUACGGAGCCAGACACAACUGUACUAUUUAUGAAAUUAUCGAAAGAAAUAAAAACAUUAGUUCAAGAAAAUAUACCAAACGUUCUUCGAAAAUUUCAAACACAAGAUGGGAAGGAUGUAAUUAACAGUGUUGUGAUUCCAAUAGACGCCGUGAUGCGUUUGAGAGAAAUCUACGAAUCAGAACAGUUGAUGGCAAUUGUUCAUCUUAUAGAGUGUUUAGCCCAAUAUCCUUAUCCAGAUGCGAAUUGUAUUGAAAUACUGAGAAAUUCUUUGAGUAUAAAAGUACCAACAAUCCCGGAACAAGAGAGUCCAGUUUCGUUUAAUCAAUUUUUCUUAAGAGCAUCUACUUGUGGCGAAACUCUUUCGAUUUUAGGAUCAAUUUGUGCUGUUAUCAUGUCGCAGUCAAAACCGCGUCGCUCUCAAAGGAAAAAUAAGAAAAAACCAACGAAGGAAAAUGAAGAGCCUUUCUCAGAAAUAAGCCAGAAUUGGUUAAAUAUUGAAGAACUUUUAUCUGAAAGAUUACAAAGUUUAGAAACAGUACUUAAUUUACUUAACAGAACAUCAGUGGAAACAGGAUCUAAAAGCAGUGAUGAAGUCGCUCAAAAUAUUCAGAAGCAGAUUUAUACAAGCAUUAAUCAAACUUGUAAAUCGUUAAAGUCACGAGUAUUCUGCACAAUGAAACAUUUAUCUGAAUUAAAAAGCUGAAACCUUGAAUGUAAAAAAGUAUUUUUUGUCAUUGAGUAGUGACUCCUGUUUUGUAAAUAUUAAUAGUUUGUAAUUAUUAUCAUUUGUCUCGAAAAUCUUGUCAAGUUACAUAGUUAUUUAAUAGUGUGCGAAAACGUUUUUAUACAUUUUUUUCGAUAUUUAAUUGAUACAUAAAUUACUUGAUUACAUUUUCGAGAACAUAGUCUUAUUAUUGCCUAAAUUGUGACAUAUCGCUCAACUAUUAUUUAAAGAAUAUAAAUUGACUAUUGACUCAUUUAAAGAAAGGCGUAUCGAUUUGAUUCCGAUAUGCAGAACAUCAUCAUUUCAAUUGAUAGUUACUGACAUGUACUGUUAACAAUAUCUUUAUAUUUUCAAUGACUAUAAAAAAUGAGCACAUUUGUUAUGUUGAUCGAAUCGAGUUGUAUACUAAAAUGUAGAAAAAAAAUUAAAUAGAUUUUACAAUAA